CCUCCACAUUUGCUAACUGUUGAAGUGGGAGCACUUGUCUUCAGUCUGGACCAAAGCAACAUUAACUGAAAGGCAGAGGCAUUUAUGAACGUCCCGGGGCAUCACCGAAGAGAAACCAUGAUGGGGAGUUCACAGCCACACAGACCUGCCAUCAGAUUGAUAUAGUGGAACUGAAGGAUUUGGAGAAGGAAUUUGUGUUGGCCCGCACACGGCUACUACUCGCAAAACACGACCCAGCCUCAGCAGCAAUAGCAGGCAGUGCCUCUGCUGAGGAGAUGGUUGCUUUACUUGUUCAAGUGGGACUCUUUGAUGCUGCUGUAUUCCUGUGUCAGACCUUCAAACUCUCACUGAACCCCAUCUUUGAAGGACUCUCCUACAAGUGCAUUAAACUGCAGCUUACUGGGGAGACUGCACAGUCUGAUGCCUGGGAUUGGCUGAAAACCAAUCAAAUUCCUUCUAUCGUUGCUACAAAAGAAUCCAGUGCCACCGAUGAAGCCUGGAGGUUGCUGUCGUCCUAUCUUGAUCGUUACCAGUCUCCAAGUUCUCAAUACCAUCGCUGUGUUAUUAACAAACUGCUGUCACAUGGAGUGCCACUUCCUAACUGGCUCAUUAACAGCUAUAAGAAAGUGGAUGUUGCUGGCCUCCUGCGGUUGUACCUGAACUAUGACCUUUUGGAGGAGGCAGUCGACCUGGUUUUGGAAUACAUUGAUGCGUUAAUGGGGAAAGGACCUCAGUACUUCAACAUCGAGAGGUCACUGUCAGCCACUGCUCCACCGGUUUGGCUGCCUUACACCUCUAUCGAUCAGUUACUGCAGGCGCUCGGAGAGAACCCAGGCAACAUGAAUAACAUGAGGUUGUGUGAGAAACUCCGAAGCAGCCUGGCCGAUUACCACCAGCAGGUGGAUCAAACAACAUCCGACAUGAGUAGCUACCGCAGGCAGCAGCAGCAGUUGUGAAAGUUGGGCUCGUCUUGGAGAGAUGCCUUGCUGCACGGAUUCGGUGUCUAAAUGACAGGCAAUACCAAUGACCCAGUGACACGAGCUGCCUUUUCUACAUGACCUCAUGUGCCUCUACAGACUCAUCAAAGUAGACAUCACAUAUGCACGUGGACAUGCACACAACUUUGUAAUAAUGUCAGAUUUCUGGUUCACAUUCUGCUUGUUCAGUCAGUCCUGUUAUCACUGUCCCUGUAUCCAGAGCUGUCUGCAUCUGUAACUGGGGAGGGUGAUCCCUAGAUCUCUCUGUAACCACAGUGGUCAAGGUGGGCCCCUAUCUGCAUAAUUGGGAGGGGUGGGUGGAUUGAUCCCUGGAUCACUCCCUGUGUCUCCCUAAGCAGAGGGUGAUCUCUGUAUGGGGUUGGAGCCAGUGCAUAGUGUGUGAUCCCAGGCACACAGCUGGUGACUAUACGUCUUUUUUACUGUACAUGAAUGCUGAAGAUUUGCCUUUGUAAGUCUUUUUUAUUUAUUGGAAGGUUUUUCCAAUCACGUUUAAUAAAAUAAGAGAAUUAUAA